GAAAUCAUCUGCAAGCCGGCGAGCUGGAAAGAUCUCUCGUCUUCCUACUUCCCUGAAGGAGCUUGGAUGCUGGAAGAAGCCUCUUGGAUAUGGGAUCAUAUCUGGUUUAUCACAGCCUGGGUUUGAUCCUCUGCUGCUCCGUCUUGAGUUCAGUCUACGCUUUGGUGGAUGCUGAUGAUGUCAUCACCAAAGAGGAGCAGAUCUUCCUCCUGCUAAAAGCCAAGGGGAAGUGCGAGCGACACCUGAAAGCCAAGGUGCCCAAAGUGCAUGAUGGCUUUUGUCUUCCUGAGUGGGAUGGGAUUGUGUGCUGGCCUGAAGGUGUGCCAGGCAAAGUGGUGGCUAUGCCAUGCCCCGAGUACAUCUAUGACUUCAACCACAAAGGCCAUGCUUAUCGACGGUGUGACCUGAAUGGGAGCUGGGAGUUGGUCCCAGGCAACAACCGCACCUGGGCGAACUACAGCGAGUGUGCCAAGUUCCUCACCAACGAGACGAGGGAAAGGGAGGUCUUUGAUCGCCUCUAUUUGAUUUAUACUGUUGGAUACUCCAUCUCUCUGGGAUCCCUCACAGUUGCUGUCCUUAUCUUGGGAUACUUCAGACGUUUGCACUGCACUAGGAACUACAUCCACAUGCACCUGUUUGUCUCCUUCAUGCUGAGGGCUGUGAGCAUCUUUGUGAAGGAUGCUGUGCUGUACUCUUGGUCAGCUCUGGAGGAGAUGGAACGCAUCUCAGAGGAGGACUUCAAAUCCAUCACCGAAGCACCUCCAGCAGAUAAAUCACAGUAUGUGGGCUGUAAAGUAGCUGUUACCUUCUUCCUCUACUUCCUGGCAACCAAUUACUACUGGAUUCUGGUGGAAGGGCUCUAUCUCCACAGCCUCAUCUUCAUGGCAUUUUUCUCAGAGAAGAAAUAUCUUUGGGGAUUCACAUUAUUUGGCUGGGGACUCCCUGCUGUGUUUGUUACAGCGUGGGCCAGCGUGAGAGCCACUCUAGCCGACACGGAGUGUUGGGACUUGAGUGCUGGCAAUUUAAAGUGGAUUAUUCAGGUGCCCAUCCUGGCAGCUAUCGUGGUAAAUUUUAUUCUUUUUAUCAAUAUUGUCCGGGUCCUAGCAACCAAGCUACGGGAGACGAACGCGGGCAGGUGCGACUCAAGGCAACAGUACAGGAAGCUGCUGAAAUCUACCCUCGUCCUUAUGCCCCUGUUUGGUGUUCACUAUAUUGUUUUCAUGGCUAUGCCAUACACAGACGUGUCAGGGAUUCUAUGGCAAGUCCAAAUGCACUAUGAAAUGCUCUUCAACUCUUUCCAGGGAUUUUUUGUUGCCAUCAUAUACUGCUUUUGCAAUGGAGAGGUGCAAGCAGAAAUAAAGAAGUCAUGGAGCAGGUGGACAUUAGCACUUGACUUUAAAAGGAAAGCACGUAGUGGGAGCACGACCUACAGUUAUGGACCAAUGGUUUCCCACACCAGCAUCACAAAUGUAGCCACGAGAGGAGCUCUUGCUCUCCAUCUCAACACCAGACUUAUCCCAGGGACCCUCAAUGGACACAGGAAUCUGCCAGGUUAUGUGAAAAAUGGGUCCAUUUCUGAAAACUCCAUGCCUUCCUCUGGGCCAGAACAGUACAACAAAGAUGAGGAGUACCUGAACGGCUCUGGGCUUUAUGAUGGAGACAGACCCACGGCGCUCGUGGAAGAGGAAAGAGAGACAGUGAUGUAAAGAGAGGAGGAGACAAACAGAGACAACCAAAGAAGCCAAAGGAUGGAAAAAAGGUUCCUGGAGAGCAUUUAGUGGGCAAAAAGAGGCUCCAGGCCACGCAUUGGGUGCCAAGGGUUGCCCUAGGGUUUCUCUGUUCCAUGGAACGAGAGGUUAAGUUCUAUGGGGAAAGAGAAGCGAGCUCCCAGCGUGGCCAGUGUCUGCUUGGUGAUGCAAGUCUCCCUGGUGGCAAUGGAGGCAAGGGCUGGCCAGCCCUGACGAACCACAGAGAUACUGAGAGUUGAUGAGGGAGGGUUGCAAAGCAGCACAGUGGUCCUUGGACCUCCUGGAAAGCUUGGGCAGGCAGCCCAGGAGGGCAGGAGUCUCACCCAGGGAAAGCAAGAGUCUUGCGGGGAGGCUACAGCAUCAUCGUCUGGCGAGGGUACAAGCCACCCCAGGAGGGUACAAGCUCGUCUUCUUGCGAGGGCACAAGCCACCCUGGGCAUCAGUUUCUUCAGUUUGGUUUGCUCUUUCCCUGUAAAGUCUGCCUGGUCACACACAAGACACUGGCCAAGACCCCCUGGAGGUCAAAGCCCAGCCAAGCGCUCAGCGGUCCUGUGGCUUCCCCUUGGGCAACCUCACUCCAUGGCAAAAUGCUCCUCUGGGGUGGGCAGGCUAAACAGCUCAUGGGUGCUGGCUGCAGGUAGAAAACUCUGGGCUGCUUGCCCUGAUCUGAGAGUCCCAGCAGCAAGCAUGCCAGAAAGCAGUGCACUUUGAGGGGGGAAAUGUGGCUACCAGAACGUGUGACAUGUUUUGUUCUUCCAGAAGCAGCAGUGGAGAAGGACCCACCAAGUGGGAUGAAGCUGGGCAGAUCUUGGGACAGGGGUUGGGGAGGGUGGGACAGGGGUGCCUGUGUGCAUGUGGCUACAAUCAGUUCAGAGGGCAGCCAACUCAACCUGCCCUUUCUGUGGCUGCUGAUGAAAACAAGCUUCAGUUGUGUUUUUAAACCUCUAAACGUGGUGAAUUUCUCUGCAUUUCCCCAUUUCUCACCAGUCCAAACCCUGGGGAGGACAAAAACUCCAUCCACAGUCUCCCUGUAUCACCCAGAAGCUGGUGGAUACAGCCACAUAAACCUACCUUUGUGAGGCCCAAAGGCAAACCUGGCUGGAUGAAAGGACAUGGAUGGCUCAUGAAUGGUCCCCCUCUGAGCAUCUCCUGAGCUUCCCUGUUCUUUGUGUCUUGGUCACACACACAGAGAUACGUGCAUCAGGUCAGACAAGCCACACUG